GCCCCUUCCGCGGGGCCCAUUGGCUCGGGGCGGCCCGUCCUCCCUCCGGAAGUGCGGACGUCUGCGCCGGGGCUUGGUGGUCGCGGCAACAGUUGAGGAGCUCAAGCCUGGGACAAUGGUGUGCAUUCCUUGUAUCGUCAUUCCGGUUCUGCUCUGGAUCUACAAAAAAUUCCUGGAGCCGUAUAUAUACCCUCUGAUUUCCCCCUUUGUCAGUCGUAUGUGGCCUGGAAAAGCCAUACGAGAAUCCAAUGAUAAAAACAAAGGCAAAGGAGACUAUAAGGAUGCAGACAUGAAUGGAUUCCCAAUAAAAGGACCAACAGAAAUCUCUGAUAAAAAGAAGGACUGAAGCGAUUGUCCCAAAGGAUCUCAUUGUUUUAAAAAUGGACCUAAUAUGAAGCACCUUCUUUGUAAUUGUCUCUGAUCUUUUUCUCUGAGACCAGAACUCGAGAUAGAUAGUUUCGAUAUUUACCUGAUACUAAUCAGAAAACACGCGGUAGUAUUUAUAUUUUAAAUGUAUUUAGUUAUAUUUAAUAACCUCAUUCCUGAGUUCCUUUUUCAUUAAAGUAGCUCUCAUUUCUAUUAUUGCAGUUUGUGCCACUAGACACUGUUACUAAAUCAGUACCUACAAAUCCUUGGGCCUCUAGCCUCUAUUCAGGCUCUCCCGGUUUGAGUAGAGUACAAUUUUACUGUGGAACAGGACGGUGAGACUGUGCAGUAAAAUGAAAGGCCGUUUUGGAGAUGAUAAUGACAUGAAACGUAAAGAUGUACUCACUGUCUAACACAAUGGAGCAGCUUAUCUAUGAGAGUAGUAGUUACUGUUUAUUGCUCUGAGGAAGAUACAAAAGACAGGGAAAUAGGGGAAACUUCUUUGAAAAAUGGAACACCUUUUACAUAAAUGUCUAAUGUAUAUCAUAAUAAGUUCUAAUCUUUGUUGCGUUCCUUCUAGUCCUACAAAAUGUAUUAAAUAUUCAGUUUAGCUUGUG